UGCAACUUUGUUUACACACGAAACAAAAUGGAGGAAAAUGUCAAAAUUAUUGAUAAAAAGUCAACAAACGUUCCUCUAAAAGUAGAAUAUGUUCGACCUUUCGACAGAUCGCCAGAUAAAGAUUUUCACAAUCGUUCCGAAUCAGAUAAGAAAAUGAUAUGCUACAAUCGUGCCCUAAAAGCCAAAGUGAAAGAUAAAAUUGAUCGGCUGCAAAAUGAAGUUGAAGACAGAGAGAAAGAAGUGGAUAAGGAAAGAAAAUUACGACAAGAAGCCGAGGACAAACUUCAAUCUUGUUUACAAGACAUGUACAGUAGUAAGGAGGUCAAUCAAGAGCUGAGGGAACGACUACCGAGGGCAAAUAAGUCAGAUCCAUUUAAGACAGUACUAAAUGAAGAGUCUGAAACAGACCUGAGUUCUAUUGAGGAGCAGAUUGUUGUGGAGGAAGAGGACAGUAAAGCUUCCAGCCAACAAAACAUGGAAAAAAAGGAGAAAAAGGAGCUGGAAUCCACGGAUGUGAGGAACAAAAGGGGGAAAACUGCCAAAACUCCCCAAGGUUCCCCUAAACAUUCACCAGAACCAUCCCCGAAGUCUACCAGGAGAAAAUUGAAUUAUUCAGGUGACAGAAAAUCAUGCUCCAGUCCCCAAAAUGUUGAAGAAACUCAGUCAAACAGGGAGAGAGCAUCUACCCUUCCUUUUACAAAUAUACCUUCACCUUUACGUGGGUAUUAUGGACAUCCUUUUGGUGCUAGCCCUUAUAUGCCAUACACUGGAAGCCUUCUUUCUGGCAACUAUCCAGGUCUGUCAGGAAAUCCAUUUAUGCAUUCCACUCAACUUUUACAACCAUCAGCUUUACAACGACCUAUGACAUCUCCAGCAUUAAAUUCAAGUCUUGGAGGCUUAGGGUUGUCAGAGCGCCACCUUUCUCAGUCUGUUUCUGUCCCUACCUUGGCAGGGGCUGCUACUCUGAACACAUCUCCAGAUAACCAAACUACAACAACAACCGGUGCUACAGGAGGUCAGAGUUUAGAUCCUGGAUUUGGUGCAAGUGCAAAUUUGUCAGAUUAUUAUAAACAAUAUUACCCAAGGCAUACUUCUAUUCUUCCUGAUCCACCAUUUAUGGCGUCUGCUUCACCCAGAUUGCACUACGGGUCCGGAACCAGUCCAGGAGCAAUGGCAGCAGGGACCAGUCUAGACCCAGAUCAAAACAAGCAUAUAACCAGUCUUCUCAAUGAAAUAGAUUCACAGAGACAGGAAGCUAAAAGGUUGAAGAAUGAACUUAGAGACAAGGAUGCUGAGCUGGAGAUGCUGAAAUUGACCCUCAAAACCAAAGGAUUAGAUCUGAACUCUGACCCCACGGAUGCCCAUAAAGCUGCAGAUCUGGUAGAAGAGGUUUACGCUGCCCAGAAGAAGCGCGAUGAGGCGACAGUUGCCAGGAUGAAGAUAGCCAAUGAGGAGAGAGAUGACAUAUUGGCAAGGUUACAUCAGCUUGAAAUGAGGCUUGAUUCUCACAGAGAUGAAGGUUCAACGUUUAUGGAACGAUCUGAUUUAGAUUUACAACUGGAUGAAGAUCAGAUAGAAAAUGAGGAUAUGUAUUUACUGCUGUCGAGACUGGACUCGCAGUCAUCGGGAGAUAAAGACAUUGCAGCAUUUACCAGGAAGGUAGAAGAGAUGAGACAAAAGCAACGGGAGGUUACUCAAGAAGAAAUGCAGAUUGUUAUGGAGCAAAGAGAUGUUGCCCUGGCUAAGUGCCGAAAGCUAGAGGAAGAACUUUUACGUUACCAGAAAGAGCGGGACGCAGAUGGAGGCAUGGACAAAUCUAUAAGGGCCAAACUCGCCACAGUUCAACAAGAAAGGGACAUGGCAGUUGCCAAAUCCAAACAACUUGACGACGAAAUUCAGACGUUACGUAUUUGCUACAGCUUGCACAAGUCCCUCACCGUUGAAAACACCCACAACAAGUCGCCCAAUAACACCGUCGUCUCCGACCAGGACGAGCUGAGAGCUAUGAAACAAGAGCUGCAGGCAGUACAGAAAGAAAAUGGCCGCCUCGCCUCAGAACUUCGACGUACAACAAUUGACAAGAGACAGUUAGAGCAAGCUCUGGAGUCUGUGUCACUUGACAAAGAAAGACUCCGGAGACUUACUGAUGUUCUCAAAAGAAAGCUGAACAAACUGGCUGAUGAACAGUUAGAUGAUGCUCAACAUUGAAAACCUGACGUCUGCUGCUGCCGCUGCUCUUGUUGUUGUUGUUGUUGUAGUUAUGAUGGGCCCUACACUACCAAUUUUUUUUCCUCUCUAUGUUUUAAACAUACUUGUCAUUAUUUUGCUAAAUGUUUUCCCUCUUCAUUCUUUUUAUACUUAAAGUCUUAUUCUUCUAAAUAUUUUCCUCCUUCUACCAAAAUAUACAAAAGUUCAGAGUUUCUUUUAUGAAAUAUUGCCCUGACAGUACAUUUUGGUAUUACACAACUAAAUGUUUUCCUUCAGCAUUACACACAUGGGGUGUUACAUGGCUAAAUAUCUCGGUACAGGUGUGUGAUAAAUGAAUGUAUAAAAAUACUGCAGCCUAAUAGAUGCGCUGCAGUAAAACAUUUGUAUAUUUAUCUUUGGCCUAAUUUGCAUUUAUAUUCAUGAUCAUCAGUGGUUGCGUAAAUGAAAAGUUCAGGUAGAUAAAAAUCCCCAAUUAAUGAAUGAAUAGGAGAACAAAUUCUAUCACUAUAUUUGAAUUGAUGAUUUUGAACUUUAGGAGAAUAGAAAAAUUAAAAUAUGAUUCGGAUUAGUUAAGUUCUUAAUCAAAUGACGAACAUAAUUAAUUUCAUAGUGUAAUUUAAUAGUGUAAUUGCAUAGUGUAAUUUCAAAUCAUUAUUUCAAUCACUGUUCAUUAUAUGCAUUAAAACAUUUACAUAAAAAUGUGGGCAUUUUAAUUUUUUGUAAAUUGUUUUUUACUUUUAUAACUAGAGGCCUUAAUGAUUGUAAUGAAAAAAUUAGUAAGGAAUGCUUCCAGUACUUGCCAUGUUUAGGUGCAUUAGUAUAAAAUGGUACUUUAUCCACUACAUUUAGCCAUUUACAUUCUCCAUUACAUUCAACCAAUUAUGUUUAUCAGUUACAUUAAAACAAUUAUGUUUAUCCAUCACCUAUAGCCAUUUUAUGUUUAUCAAUUAUAUGAAAGCAAUUGUGUUUAUCCAUUACAGUUAUGUUUAUCAAUUACAUUGAAGCAAUUAUGAUUGUCCAUCACCUUUAGCCAAUUUAUGUUUAUCAAUUACAUUUAAGCAAUUAAGUAUAUCCAUUACAGUUAUGUUUAUCAAUUAUCCAUUACAGUUAUGUUUAUCAAUAACAUUUAACCAAAUAUAUUUAUAAAUUCAUUAAGAUAAUCAUGUUUUCUCAUUCGUGAAGUCAGCAUUUUGUAGACAUUAUACAUAUCUCGUGCAAUAUAUGCAAUACUAACCAAUUAUAUAACAGUAGCCAUAUUAUAUAUUUCUCUCUGUUUUUAUGUAAUACAUUAAUUUUCUUGUAUCUUAUUACUAUUGCUAUAGAAGAAGAAAAAAAACUUGAUUUAUUUUGUAAUAAAUUGCAAUUACAUAUAUUUUUUGCUUACUAGAAGGGAAAAAGUUGAUUUAUGGGAAUUAAGCUUUUGUAAAUGCUGUUUAUCAGUUUAGGUAAAGGGAUUACUUUGCAAUUGUAAUUUGAUCAUGACAAUUACUUUACAUUAUUACUCUUGUAAGUGAUAUGGUACAUUUACAUAUCUCAUGUGGAUAUAUAUGUAUUGACUACUUUUAUGUACCAUUUAUGAGUCAAAAUGAAUAAUUUUCAUAUUCAAUUACCAUUAUUUUUCUUCUGGGAUAGAUGAACUUAUGAACUGGUAGUCAUAUAUUCCUUGGUGAAAUGAUUUUUGUAAUCGAUUACUUUUACUUCCAAUGUAUAGCAAUUAAAAAAAUGCACAUUUGUUACAAUUACAUUUAUAUGUAAUGUACAAGAAUGUACAAAAUUUAUAUACAAUGUAAAUAAUUGUGUUAUUACUUUUACACAUUUGAACAACCUGACUGUUUGCAAUUUUUCUUUUUCUCUUUUAGAUGUUAAGUGCAUGUAAUGUAUUUAUUCUAUUUAUAGAUUAUAUUUGACUGUGAUAGUGUAAACAUUUGGUUGUAAUUGUGUAAUAUUUUUAAGUUGAAUUAUGGCAAAAGCUUGUUACUUACGUAAACUUUUCUCAAGUUAACUUCCAUAUACUUGCCGCUUGUGUCUGAAGGGUUGCCUUUACGGGUUUAAGCAUAAGAAUUUCAGCCACUGUCUAAGCCUUAGUGAUCGUAAGGGGCAACUAUAUUGGUUCGAAUUACUGGAAUCUAUGCAUCUCUAAGAAAAUGUGUGCACCAUAUUUUUCAUAAUAUUAAUUAUGAUAUUAAUCUUAAGUUUAUAUGCAGCUGAUAAGUUACUUUAUCUCUGUAAUUACAUUUGUUUAUUCACAAAUUUCUAUAAAAUUUGUUGGGGAUUUUCUUUACUGUUUUUUUUUCUUUGCUAACUGAUCUAUAUCUUGUAUGUAAUAGGGAAAAUGUUGUGCAUAUAGGGAAAUGUUGUGCAUAUAUAUUAAUGAAUAUGUACUACAGGUAUAUAAUUAUUCAAAUUAUUACAUUGUGUUCCAUUAAACAAACUCUUUGUCGGGAAAAAAUGUGAAACUGUAUUGUCUUCAACUGUCUAUAUAUUUUAAGCACUACACUGUCUAGUUGGUCUGUGUUCUUUUUUUUUUUUUUUUUUUUUUUUUUUGUCUUGUGUUCUGUGCAUUUUCUCUUGUAAACUGUUAUGACCCUAAUCUCAAUUAUUGUGCUUUUUGUGAUGAUCUUUUUAUGCUAAGUAAUGUUAUUUCAUAAUGUUGCAAGAUUUUUUUUUAUUGAUUUUCUUUUACUUGAUUUUAUUAUUAUUAAAAAGCAUUGAAAGUGAUAUAAGUUGUACAUGUUUGAAGAUAUUUUUGAAAAAAAUAAUUAUUGACUUGACCUCUGUAUAGUGUUACAAUCUAAACAUAGAUCUGUUUGGUUUCUAACUGAUAAUAUGAAAAACCUUGAAACCACAACUAACAUUUUUUUAUACAGUGUAUAUUAUUUUGACAAAAAUUGUAAUUUUCUUUUUCUUUUUUCUUUUUAAAUUCAAAAUGACAAAUUUAGUUAUUUUAUUGAAUGUACAUUAUAAAUAUUUAUACUUUAAACCAUGACCUUAAGGUGAUAUUUAAAUUGUAUUCUCAUUUAAUAUAUUAUAUUAUAUUUAAUAUAAUAUAUUCUGUACUUUUGGUGUCGGACAUAUUUAUUACAAAUUCUUACGCUAUAUGUGCUACUCAUUCUUAAUGUCUCCAUUUGUGUGUGAUAUUUUUUAUUUAUUUCAAAAUUCUUUGAAAUUUUCUUCGUUUUUUUCUUUUUUUCAUCAGUUCAUACAGACCGUCCUUCAAAGUAUUGGCCUGAAAUCCAGUCAAAUAGACCAUCCUUUACAUUAUAUUGCCCUAUAAUCCAGUCAAAUAGAUUGUCCUGUACACUAUAUUGGCCUUAAAUCCAGUCAAGUAGACCAUCCUUUACAAUAUAAUAGCCUUAUAAUUAAGUAAAAUAGACGGUUCUUUACAUUGUUUUGGCCUGAAAUCCAGUCAAAUAGACUGUCCUU